UGGGCAUUAGCUGAAAUGUUAAAAAACCCUAAUAUUUUGAUUAGGGCACAAAAAGAGCUGGAUGAAGUAAUAGGAAGGCAAAGAGUCCUUGUUGAAUCCGACCUACCCAAAUUACCAUACCUUGAAGCAAUCUGCAAGGAGACAUAUAGGAUGCAUCCGUCUACACCCCUCAGUGUUCCUAGGAUGGCAACUGAAGCAUGCAAUGUUAAUGGGUACUACAUCCCCAAGAACACAAGGCUGAAUGUCAACAUAUGGGCAAUAGGGAGAGACCCCAAUGUGUGGUCAAACCCAUUAGAGUUCAAUCCAGAGAGGUUUCUCAGAGGGAAGAGUGCAAAAGUUGAUCCUACUGGAGUUCAUUUUGAGUUAAUUCCCUUUGGAGCUGGAAGGAGGAUUUGUGCAGGCUAUAGAAUGGCUAUUGUGGUGAUUCAGUACAUUUUGGGCACUUUGGUGCAUUCUUUUGAGUGGAAGUUACCUAAUGGUCAAGAGUUAAGCAUGGAUGAGGCCUUUGGACUCACUUUGCAAAAGGCAGUGCCUCUCUCAGCCAUCAUUAGCCCUCGUUUGCUCUCAGAUGCUUAUGUUUGA